GUUCUGUUGUUUGCGCGUCGCGCAUUACAUUUUUUACUACCUAAUAAACUUAAACUACUAAACCAAGAGAUCUGAAUGAAUCAACUCAUUAUUCACCCACAUGCACUAACAACUGAAACUCCCAGACGGACACUUGUGUGUGAAUCAGUGGGCGUAGCUGGUCAAUUAACUAAAGUCAAGGGGGUUAAUUUCUGUGACAAUUAGCGGCUCGGGUCCGCUUUGGUCAGUUCGAUGUCGAUUGUAGUCGAGAGUCAGCGUCAAAGUGGAGCAGUAUAGUGAGUCUCUGUACGACGUGCCGAGAAAGAUUAUCAUGAUGAGCGGCGAGUUGGAGAAGGACGGGGAUCAGAAGGAGGAGGAGGUCAAAGUGUUGCCCAAGAAGACGCUCACGGAACGAUUUAAGGAACAAUGGCAGGUUGUCAUCAAGAUAUUGGAGUUGAUAAUCUGUGCAAUAUGUAUGGGUUUUAUUUAUGAUCCAGCAAAAACAACGGGUUUGGGACAGACUCACAUGGACCACGUUGGAGUAAUGUAUACAGCCUACACAGGUUUCAUGUUAAUCAACACGAUCUUGUUGAUCAGCAGAUGCCUGAAGGACAGAAUCCCUUACAAGACAGCCACCAUGUUUUCCGUAUCCGGGUCCUGUAUAUUUAUAAUAACGGGCAUAUUGUUGCUGGUAGGCAGAGCGCAAUUGUUCAGGCAUUACUUCUAUCAUCCUCAAAUGUAUUUGCUGACGAUGAUGACGACCAGUAUUAUUUUUGCAUUUGUUAACGCUGCCGUUUUCGCUGUCGACGCUGUUUUUACUUUCAGAAGGCAGGAGGAUUUUUGAUUAGUACAAAGCUUAUGUGUUUUAUGUGUUCAGUUAGGUUAGAAAUAGUUUUACUUUUUGUAUUGUAUAUUUCGAUUCGCUAUCAACUUCCGUCCACUAGAUAUGAUAUUUAAUAAUGUUAAAAUUAGUUUUGUUUCAAUUAAAUUAAUAAUCUUUUAACUUGAUUGAUGUAUAGUUAUCACAUAAUAAUGGUUUCGUAUUUAACUAUAUUUUUAUAAUAAACAAUUUAAUAAUAAAUAAUAUUUGUUGUUGA